UUCUAUGUAUAUUUUAAAGUAUUUUUAUGGUAGAAUGUAAAAACAAUUUAAAAAUGCCGCUUUUAAGUCGAUUAUGCAUCAAACAUCGAUAGCCGUCUAUCGUUUUUAGUAUCGUUGGCUCGUUGCCAGUCCAAAAUCCAAACCAAACAAACAAUCUGGGAAUUUGUAAAGGUUAUGUUUGAAUUUGCUUAUUGUGUCAAUUUAAAACCAACUUCUUAUUUAUUUUGUUGUUGAAAUGACAGUAAGUAAGUGAAUGUCUUGUUAAAAACUGUGUUUUUUAUUCAUUCAUUUAUUCAACAUUAAUAACACAACUUAUUUUUCGCAAAAACCAAGAUGACUUCAUCAUCACUCAUGUUUGAAGUACUCAUGUAUUUGAACUCAUACUAUUUUGGAGCUUUUGCAGUUUGUGAACUAAUGAUGACUGUUUUCAAAAUGGUGAAUCUGCCUUACCCUAAUCGUAACAUCGUUUUAGAACUCAUGAUCAUCAUACUUUUGUGCUGCAUUCAAUAUGCCAGAAUAUUUCUUGGCAGGAAAGGAAACCUGACUCAAAAAGCUGGACCAAUUAUGAUGUCCCUGUUUCUCACCAUACCUUCGUUUCUAAGUGUGGUCUAUCUUCUUCUUUGGCAAACUUAUGUGCUGCGUUUGGAGGUGAUUUUAUGCUACAUUGAACUUGUGAUGGAAUGUUUGGAAAGUGUUCUUGGUGUGGUUUGUAUUGGAUCAUUCUAUAAAUACAAUGACUUCUAACUAAUAACUGAAUAAUAAGAUUCUAGUGUGCAUAAAUUUGAGAGUGCAUAAUUUUUUACCACAGAAUUCAAGACUAAAUUUGUAGUCCUACAUCUGAGAUGUAUGACGAUAUCCUAAUAUACAAGAAAGUGAUACUACUGUA